AUGGCUCUACCUUUACCACCUGGCUUAACGCCAAUGGAGGUUGCAUUUCUAUGCGAAAUGGAAAUGGUCACUGUUGUUCCUCGGCAACGACUUGAGAGCCUCGAUUUAUUAGGUGGCAAGACAACUCCUCUACGACCACCGCAUCGUGCUCCCUUACCUUUAUGGCUAGCUCUCCUUCUCAAAAGACAACGCCGUGCUAAUAUCAUACCACCACCAUGGCUUCAUCCUCAUUCCCUUGACAGGAUACUCAAAAUGGAGACUGAUAAUCCUGAGAGCUUUACUCCUCCUCCGCCACUCGACCAUAGCACAUCAUCUACAGUAUCACCGCCAUUUUUGCCAUCGAAUACCGCAGACUCAGAGCCUGGUUAUUUACCAUACCAUUGGAUUGAUAUGGGUGAAAUCUUACUGGAAGCUGCAAGUGAUGAUAUACAAGAUCCAGAUAAAGUUCGGGAAUUACUUAGAGACCUAAGGGAAGUGAGGAUGGCAAAAAUGAGAAGCAGUACAUUAGCAGUAGAAGGAGGUGGGCUCACUAGUCUACAAGGUGUUGGCGCAAUGGAAGUUAGUGAGGGACGAGGAUUCAUUACAGGUGUUAUGGAUGGAAUACGAAAAUUAGGAGCUUCCAGGGAAGUUUCCAGGAGGGAAAAAGAACAAGAAGGUACUGGAAGUGGAGUUGAUGAAGAUAGUGAGGAUGAAGAUAUGGAGUUAUGA